AAUGUCGUCUGCUCACACGCUAUUGACCUGUUUACAUUUUAGUACGAGUGGAUUAUGAAAGUGACUUUGGAACACCACACGAAAACGUUCUCUAAACAAGAUGUGGCCUCGUUGGGGAUGACACGACAAGGUUUGGGAAAACACAGCUGUUGGAAAAAAACAACAUAAUGAGAAUUUCAUUUCUUGUUUUAUCGUCAUGAUGGAUCUGGAAAAAGCACAGUUGAUAAGUGAUAGCUAUCAGCUUACGAUUCGGAUGUACAACGAAGGGUUUGGGCCGUAACUCUUUUGUAUACAGAGUUUUUCAUGAUGGCAGAUGUUCUUCAACGUAUAAACCUCUGCUGUGCUCUGUGCACAAAGGUGUUCACAGAUCCUGUCACACUUCAGUGUAAUCACACAUUCUGCAAGCUCUGUCUGCUGUUAUACACCAAGGGAGAGUCUGAUGCCGUGGAAGCCAAAUACUUCCCAUGUGCUAUCUGUGGACAACGGACAAAAGUGACCACCCCUGACAGUCAGGUAGAAACGUGGUUAACGCAGCUGAGGCCAAGUCUUUACAUCCAGGAGCGGAUGGACGAGUUCACAUCAGGUUCAACUUUCCAGAUGGCAGACAAUCAUCCCUGCGGAAAUAGUUUCUGUGUGCUGUGCACAAAAGUCAUCACUGAUCCUACCACACUUCCGUGUAGUCACUCGUUCUGUAAGCCCUGCCUGCUGAAGUACACCGCAUCACUGCCUCUGCACACAUCAUGUCCUAUAUGUGGACAAGUGAAGAACGUGACUUUCCCAGACAGACCAAUGGAAGAGUGGGUCAGCCAGAUGAAGUCAAGCCUUUCCGUAAAGGAACUGGAGGGCGACUGUCCAUCAGGUUCUUUUGGAAAUAUAUCAGAAGAUGAAGAGUUGCAAGCCUCAGCCCUCCCUUCAGAGAGCUAUGAUAGAAGUAAUGGGCAAAACAACGCAUCCCCGAUUUCACAAGCUGCUGUUGUACAAAACAUCCUUCAGGGCAACAUAGACUUGUCUGUUUCAACAUCAGACCCAGCUCAUGUUCUAAUGUGUAGAAAACACAGAAACAAUCAGGUCAAACGUUACUGCAAAGUUUGCAAUGUUGCACUCUGUGACGAGUGUUGUAGUACAAAGCAUGAUGGAUGUGAUGUUGAAUCUAUACAAAACAUGAUCCCCUCUUUGAAGAUAAACUAACAUGCGUAUCUCAACAUAUAUUAAAUAAGAUGAAGACUACCCAGGAUAAUAUUGCAAUGGCGAAGGAACAUAUCCACAACAUAACCAAUAACGCCGAGAAGGUCAAAGAGCAAAUCCAACGCACCAUGAAGUUUUCCGUCAAAAGGAUGGUCCAAGAUGUGCAUACAUUUUCUGAGGAGCAAAUACAAGAUUUAUACGCUUACAUUCGGUCUGAGGAGAUGAGACUGAGCCAGUACGGUCAGCAGUACAAGUACAUCAAACAUGCUGUGACGGCUUACUCUCUUGUGGAAAUACACGCCAUCUACGAAUCCCUGAGCACAGUGUCGGAAGAAGACACAGAAUCAAACAUGGACAUGGGCGACCAAUCAAUCCCAGAGAAGAUUAUCUUCACGCAGACAGCGAACGAAAGCGGCGACUGUGCUUACGAGAUUGCAAUUGUCCAUGAUGUGAGCGACCGGAAGUCGUCUGCUGUCCCCCACCACACCAUUAACUGUCACGCAGAGAAUGACAAGUAUUGCCCUGAUUUGAUUGACGUCACAGUCGUCAGUUUGGGAGGUGAACCAAAUAAGAUUUUGAUCAUAGCAGAUUUCACCAACAGAAACCUCAAAUCCUAUUAUACAUCAAAGGGGAAUCUUCACAAAAGAUUUCUGAUGCUUUCAGAGAGACCAUGGCAAAUAGCAACGGUUGAGAGAAAUCUUAUAGCAGUCAGUGUUCCAGAUAGUAAGGAAAUAGUAACUGUGCAGCUCACACCGGACCCCGUCUUGCUUUCAACCAUCAGGACAAAGAGGGAGUACUUCGCAUUAGCGUCUCCAGAUCCCUUUAAGCUUCUGGCUGGAACAUUUAAAUCCUCCAACUCUGUUGACCUCCUGGACAUGGAGGGGAACGUACUGAAAUCCAUCAACACAGGCUCAAUACUCAGCCCAGAUUAUAUCCAAAUUACUGACCAGGGGAACAUUCUCGUUGGCCAGGGAGAUGUGAAUUCAUUUGUCUCGGUGACCAGUGAUGGAGAAGUCCGGUAUUGUUACUCCCCGACCGGAGGAAGAACCUUAAGAUGUCCUCGAGGUUUCACAACAACCAGCACAGGAGAUGUGCUACUUGUCGACCGGGAUUAUCAGAAGGUGAUUCAACUGACUAAGUCAGGGCGGUUUGUCAGAGAUGUGCUCACAGAAGGUCUGGAACAACCGCGAGGCCUCUGUCUGGACGCUGACGGCCUGAUGUAUGUUACAGUCGGGCCAUGUGUUAAUAUAUACACAUUUGAAGAUUUGAGUGUUGAAAGCGAGCAAGGAGAAAGAAAACACAAUGUAGUUUACAGACAACGCUGUACAGAAGUGUAGCUCGAUGACAUGUCGAUCACACGUUUUCGAAAACAACUGUUAAAUAUAGCAAAACUUCCGGUGUGGCGCACUCUGCAUGAGGUCGCCUUCUUUAACGGUGAGCAGAAUCCACCUAAUUCCAACAGAUCAUGCCAAAGCUAGAAGUUCCAAGAGGCAACCUACAAAUGCUAGAGGAGCUGAAUUCAUGAUAGCGCACUCCUUAAUAACGUAAUCCUGAGGCGAAUUUGCAUAAGUGAAUCAAUGAUACGCCGCCGUCUACUAAACUUGAAACGCAAUGGUGACUUUGGUGGAGCAGCAGAACCUCUACAUGUGGCUUAGUUUUUGAGAUACCGAAACCAGCAUAACUGCGUGCACCACAUGGAACUCUCACAGGCGGAUGACAAGGACAAGCUAAUGACUAGCUCACAUUAGGGCUGGGACGGGUACUCGAAUCCGGGUCGGGUACAGCUGGAAUCGAGUUUUACUUUUUGGAAUCGAGUACCAAAGGGA